CUCAAUGCUUAAAUCCCAAUUUGAAAAGGAAAAGGAGAAUGCGCGGGGCAUGAAUGAAGUGUAAAAGAGGGAAAGGAUGAAACUCAUUCCCUCCACAAAUCAUUCUAACUACUAAUUAUUAUGCCCACUUCUGAUUCUCAACGUUGCUCCGUUUUUGUUGGGAAUAUACCAUAUGAUGCUACUGGGGAGCAACUUAUUCAAAUCUGUGAGGAUGUUGGACCUGUUGUUUCCUUCAGAUUAGUGAUUGAUAGAGAAACUGGGAAACCAAAAGGUUUUGGAUUCUGCGAAUACAAGGAUGAAGAGACUCUGUUAAGUGCUCGUUGUAAUCUUCAGGGGUAUGAGAUAAAUGGUCGGCAGUUAAGAGUUGAUUUUGCUGAAAAUGAUAAAAAUUCCGAUAAAAAUCGUGAACAGGGUCGCGGAGGACCUGGUAUGGCCGCAAAUGUUGGUAUGUUUGGAUUUCAACCCCAAAAACACAUUGGGGGACCUGAUUUCCCCGUGGAUUCUGCACUUCAGCAGCCAUUAGGCAUGCCGGUAGCUAUGGCUGCUGCAGCUGUUAUGGCAGGAGCUCUUAGAGCUGCUCAGAGUGGCAGCUCAGUCGGUCAGUCUGGAGUAGAUCCUUUAACACUAUUUAUGUCCAAAUUUUCUAGGAGCCAACUGAAUGAUGUUGUGUCUGAACUCAAGGCAAUGUGUACACAAAACAAGGAACAGACGCGCCAACUGCUGCUAGCAAUUCCAAAUUUGUCAAAAGCUCUUUUUCAGGUACAGCUAAUACUUGGAAUAGUAACCCAACCAAUGUUGCAGAUGCCAAAUAUUUGGCAAUUUGCUGCACCUCAGCUGCAGCCAUUGUUGCUAGAUAGUCAGCAAAGUCAACAACUAGCAACUUAGUCUUUUCUGGGGUUACCCCCACUUCCCCCCAGUUUGCUCCCCCAGGCACGGCCCCAGAUUCAUCUGGUGCAACCAGGGCAGAACCAAGUUUUGCAGAGUCAGUUGUCCACGCUUUCUAGAAUCCUUCCAUCAACACAACCCCAUGUCGAUUUGUCAAUUAACCCACCAGUUCAGGUGGGAGCUGCUACAAAGCAGCAAAUGCAGAUUUCAUUCUUGCAACAAACUGGGCCAGUUGUGUCUACAAAUUUUACAUAUAAAAGUUAGCUGGGGACAGAAAAUACAAGCUACCAUUCUCCUCCAUCAAUGCAUCCCCCAUUACUGGAACAAGGUUCUCAGGGAAACCCUUCAGCAGUUUCUGGUGUCUUGGAUAAUCCAACUAAAGAAUCGAGACGACCCCAGGCUCCUAACAAUUCAUCUUGGAUUACCAGACCAGCUUACCCUUCCGGUUUACCUAAGGAGAAGAGAGGGGCAGCUAAUAAUCCAGAUCUUCUGAGUCGGCCUUCGAAAACGGCAAGGCUAAAUGAUGGAAUAAGUUAUGCCUUGCAUGAUGCAAGUGUAUCUAUGCCCCUGUCCAGACUCUCAAUUCAAGUUUCAGCUGCAGCAGAAACGUCAAACCCCGAUAAACAAGCUAGUCAGGUCCAGCAGCUUCCAUCGGACGCUGAGUCUGCCUUGCUGCAACAAGUACUGAGUCUCACUCCUGAGCAGUUAAGUUCACUGCCACCAGAUCAGCAGAAACAGGUCAUUCAGCUCCAACACAUGCUUUGUCAGCCAACGCAGCCAAACUUUAGUACCCGAAGAGGACCUCAGAUACAUACACCAGCAAGCUAAGCUUCUUUGCCCCUUUGAAAUAUUUGUGCAGAAGAGCAUGUUGUCUCAUCAUUUCCCAUAUUGUAAAGUGAUAUUUCUCAAGGAUCUAGCAUAAAUGCACUAGAGUGUAUUAUAUUCAUGUAACGGUUAUGAGCAGGUUGUUACAAAGCUAAAUGGAAAAAAGAGGUUAGAAUUUUGAAGCUCAA